GGAUCGGGGAAGUGGGAGAAGAAAAAUAAGCAGGCUCGCUGUUUCCAGGCUUCACAGCUGAACCUCUGCGGACAUGCAGACUUCUCGGGCGCUUUGCUCUUUCUGCCUCUUCUUCCUCCAAGCCCUCCUUCCCUCCGGCCGAGGGUGGCAAGUGCUUAAAAACGACGCCACGGAGAUCGUCCCGGACUUCCAGGAGAACACCGAGAUGCCGGAGGAGCCACCCUAUGUCCAGAACGAGAACGAGACCAUGAGCAACAGGGCGCAACAAGGGGAGAGGUACCCCACGCUUCCUUUGAACCGGAUGGAACAUCUGGAGUUCAGCUGCCGGGAAGUAUACUCUACCCGCUAUGUUACCGAAGGUUUGUGCCGCAGUGUUAAGCCAAUAAGGGAGUUGGUAUGCUCGGGUCAAUGUCUUCCAUCCCAUCUCCUCCCCAAUUCAAUCGGCAAAGGGAAAUGGUGGCGGCAGAAUGCUCUGGAUUAUCGCUGCAUCCCGGCGCACAGCCGUUCUCAGCGUGUCCAGCUGGCCUGCCCUGGCGAGGAUGUUCGGACGAUCAAGAUCAGAACCAUCACUGCUUGCAAAUGCAAACGGUACACUCGCUACCACAAUCGCUCCCAGCUCAAGGAUUUCAGCAAAGAGACUGCCCGGCGCCAAAAGAACAAAAAGCCACACCUCUCCAGAGCCAGAGGCAGCAAAGCCCACCAACCAGAGCUUGAGAAUUCUUACUAGUGGAGAGCUUCGACAAAACUCAGCCCAGAAAUGGAGAAUUUUAUUUUUUGUCUCGACCCACCCUCCCUUUUUGAUGGCAUCAAGGUCCAAAUGGGAUCAAGUGAGGGGGGGGAGGCCAUCGCUACCACUGUAGCUCUCAUGGCCAAAAGGUCAGAGUUGAUGCAGGCAAAAAGCUAUUGAACUCUCCUUUAGCAAGUUGGAUGAGGGAGAGAGAAAGAGAAAAAGAGAGAAGUAGAAAGAGUGGAACUAAGCAUGAGGAAGCUGUUCUAAGACUGAGACGCAGAGUUACUCAGAUGUCAUAAAGAGCUUGUUCGGUUCGGAAGGCUAAAGGGCUUUAUGUUCUCUUCAACUUCCUUGUGCUUCCUUGAUUUGACAAAGAACUAGCCUUUCUGUGUAUCGACGCUAUACAGCUAUAGCACUUUGAUCCCAUUUUAACUGCCAUGGUUCCCAUCCUAUGGAAUCUUGGGGUGUGUCGUUUAGUGAAUUAUCUGCUCUGAAUUCUGGGAGAGCAAUCUCUAGAACUAUGGUUUUCAACCUUUGGUCCUCCAGGCGUUUUGGAUCAAUCCUUCAAGGUCUGGCUAGCAGCUCCAGGGAUUUGAGAUUGAAAUCCACAACAUCUGGAGAGCUAAAGGUCAAGAACCACUGUUCUAGCAGAAAAGUCUAAGCAUUUUCACCCAACUACAAAAUCCAGAAUUCUAUAGCAUGGAGCCAUGACAGUUAAGCUGCUGUAACUACAUAGUGUUGGUACAGUGUCUCUGUGAAAAUAAACACUAAUCUGUUUGAACAAUGUAAUAUCCCUAAGGGUAUGUGUUCACCUGCACACUCCUAUUGUUGUCUUUAAUCCUUUUGCUCUUCAUGGAUUGAUCAACACAUUCCCUUAUGUUCUGCAGCCGUUGGACUGUACCUAAGCAAUGUGAUUUCAUGCUUUCUCUCAGUGACACAUAUUUGCUUCUUCUUUUUCUGUGGUCAUUACUCUAUAUAUUGCAUUGUCUAGGUUUGGGGGAUUCUAAAAGUUGUGUGAUUUUGCACAUGAAAAUAUAGUUAGGAAAAGUGGAAAGGUGGGGGGAGAAAAAAAAGACCUCAUAUGAGGUGGAUUGACUCAAUAAAGCAAGCCACAGCCUUUAGUUUGCAAGAUCAGGGCAGUUAAUGAUGGGACCUUUUAGUGGUGAUUAAUUUAUAAGAUCAUCGGAGAUCAGAAGCUACUUGAUAGCACAUAAAAAUAGAUGCACAUAUAUUUUAUAGUCAGCUAACUUUGCUAGGGCAUGUAGAAUCAGAAAGCAUCAGAAAUGGUGAGGUAGAUGGCAAGUUGGACAGCAGCAAAUGGGCAGAACAUCAGGAUGGGGGCAUAGGAACAAACGUCAUUGUGGAGGCACAGGAGGAUGAAAGAAGCAGUGAUAGGUUUCCCCUCUGCAAACAUCAGUGCUAGUAAUCCUGAUCAUAAUCUCAGUAAUUUGGGGGAACACCUGAUCCUCCCAAUGUUGGACUAUAACUCUCAUCCACUUUGACCACAGAUCAUGCUGAUGGUAGCUGAUGAGAACAAGUAGUUCAACAUUCCCUGGAGGAUUGCAGGUUCCCCAACCUUGCAGUAAAGCAGGUAUCUCUUUUUCUGGGGAAAAGAGGACAAUUUCAUUCAUUACAUAUAAGGAGUCAUGCUUAAAAAUAGGGUGAGCUCGUGUUUGUACUGCAUCUCUUGUGGCAGAUGAGCUAAAACUCCUUGCUGAAGGCAAACACAAUCAAUAGCAAAGCAGACCAUGUGCAAAGCAUCUCUGGUUUUAGUAAUAAUUGUGCCCCCUCCAGGUGAGAACAAGAAUCAUGGGGGCGGGGGAGAAUCUGUAAAGCAAGCUCAGAUUCUAUAUUGCAGAUGGUUGAUGAGUAUGGUCUGAAUGUUUCACAGGGCAUUGUUAUUUUCUGCUUGCAGAAUAUAUAUUCUGAACACGUUCUCAAGAAUUUGGCUAAUCCCAAACUCACUCUCUUCUUAAGGAAAAGGGCAGACAAGUUUCUAGAGCUCUUUGCUACAGAAAAUGGGGGAAGUGAGUUAGAAUAAUUCAUGUGGUUACUGCUGAGCAGAAAAUUGAAUCCAGCUGUCUCACCGUGAGAACCAGUGUGGGUAUCCUCAUUUUCCACAUUGUGAUCUUUUUUCAGAUAGUGUGAUUUACAAUUCCCAUCAGUCUUAGUCAGCAUGACCAAUGAGCAUGGAUGAUGGGAUUUGUGGUUCAAAACAAUCUGCUUGAGAAAGGCUGUUUUCGACCUAUUCCUAGGGUUAAUCCAGGAAGCUUAGAGAUGCUAUAUUUGGGCUGUUAUUAAAAGCAUAAUUAAAUCAGAGAGAAAAGCAAGAUAGGAAGAAUAUUUCCUUGUGAGUUUCUGUAAUCAGCAGCGUCAAGGCUCUACCCAUCCUAUAGCUAGAAGAGAUCAAUUGAAUCAAUAGUUGAAUAGUGAGUCAACAUUUAUGUAAAUCCUAGUGAUUCACAAGAACUAUGAAUAGGAUUUUAACCAUAGAGGUUAUGUGACUUAUUUCCUGGACACCUUCUUCCCUAAUUCCAGAUGUGUGGUUGCAUCCAAAACAUGCACUGUGCAUGAGUCUAGAUAAUCUGUCUGUCUCAAACUACCAUCUCCAUCAUCCCCAAUCAUUGACUAGGUUGGUGGGGACUGAGAGGGUUCAGAGUCCAACUACAUCCAGUGGGUCAAAAGUUCCCUGCUCUUGGGCUACAGUGUGUGGUUAAUUGUUCUCUGACAUGUUCCACAUGAAAGCCCGGAUCACAUUAUGCUUUGCUGCACAUAUUCCUGCCAUGAUGUCUUCAGUGUAACAAUGUUUGGACAAAGACAAAUAUUUUCCUUUGCUUGUUUCUUUUUAACCUACUCAGCUCUUGUGCCAAAGGCUUAAUCCUGCUUUAAAAAUCACAAUAGGAUUUCCUGCAUGGGAUGUAAUGCCCUCUAAUCCAAUAGUCCUGUCCACUUCCAAAGAAAUUGAGAAGAAUAUUAAUGCACUUUUCAUAUGUUCAUGGGCUCUCCUUAUUAUAUUAUGAUUUUCUUGUUCCAUAACUGAAACCUGGCAUGUGGGAAAAAAUUCUACUGCAUGCUAAAAAAA